GGACGUCCGGGGAGUGCGCACGCAUCCGGCCCGCGGCGCGCGCGCAGGUCGGUGCGUCGGUCGGGGGCGCGCUCGGGUACCUGUACCCCACGUAGUCGCCGGUUACCGAUCGGACUAAGUUCCAGUGGUAAUUUACAAGUCAAGUUAAAAUGUCCCCAGAAGUGGCCUUGAACCGAAUUUCUCCAAUGCUCUCCCCUUUCAUAUCUAGCGUGGUCCGGAAUGGAAAAGUGGGACUGGAUGCUACAAACUGUUUGAGGAUAACUGACUUGAAAUCUGGCUGCACAUCAUUGACUCCUGGGCCCAACUGUGACCGAUUUAAAUUGCACAUACCAUAUGCUGGAGAGACAUUAAAAUGGGAUAUCAUUUUCAAUGCCCAAUACCCAGAGUUGCCUCCUGAUUUUAUCUUUGGAGAGGAUGCUGAAUUCCUGCCAGACCCCUCAGCUUUGCAGAAUCUUGCCUCCUGGAAUCCUUCAAAUCCUGAAUGUCUCUUACUUGUGGUGAAGGAACUUGUGCAACAGUAUCACCAGUUCCAAUGUAGCCGCCUCCGGGAGAGCUCCCGCCUCAUGUUUGAAUACCAGACAUUACUGGAAGAGCCACAAUAUGGAGAGAACAUGGAAAUUUAUGCUGGGAAAAAAAACAACUGGACUGGUGAAUUUUCAGCUCGUUUUCUUUUGAAGUUGCCAGUGGAUUUCAGCAAUAUCCCCACAUAUCUCCUCAAGGAUGUAAAUGAAGACCCUGGCGAAGAUGUGGCCCUCCUCUCUGUUAGUUUCGAGGACACUGAAGCCACCCAGGUGUACCCCAAGCUGUACUUGUCACCUCGAAUUGAGCAUGCACUUGGAGGCUCCUCAGCUCUUCAUAUCCCAGCCUUUCCAGGAGGAGGAUGUCUCAUUGAUUACGUUCCUCAAGUAUGCCACCUGCUCACCAACAAGGUGCAGUACGUGAUUCAAGGAUAUCACAAAAGAAGAGAGUAUAUUGCUGCUUUCCUCAGUCACUUUGGCACAGGUGUCGUGGAAUAUGAUGCAGAAGGCUUUACAAAACUCACUCUGCUGCUGAUGUGGAAAGAUUUUUGUUUUCUUGUACACAAUUUACAGCUCCAAAGCUCAUAAAAGGGAGGCCACAGAUGUGAACAUGGGCUGUGGAAAGAUUGAAAACAAACUGAGGCUAUUCAAUAAAAAUAAUCUUGAGAUAUUUUAGAUUUUUUUCUUGUCCCUUUUUUUUUUUUUACAUUGACAAUGACAUCAGGGGCUCUAAUAGUUUUCCUGAUAGUACUUAGUAGUAGUACUUGGCCAAGUAUACAUAUUGGGAAAAUGCCGCAAGGGAUAUUGCCUUGACAUUAUUUAUAGCCUGUGUUCUAUUUCCUUUACUCUCUGCCGAGAAACACGGUUAAGCCUAUCAUGAUAAUUUAAUUCGAAAUUAUUUUAUUGAACACCUCUUGGGCUAACCACUGUAUCAGGUAAGAAUAAGAUACGGUUUCUCCCUCAUGAGAUUUUUUAUUUAAGAGACAGGGUCUUGCUCUUUAGCUCAGGUUGAAGUAUAGUGGUGCGAUCAUAGCUCACUGUUACCUCAAACUCCUGAGCUCAAGCCAUUCUCCUGCUUCAAUCUUUUGAGUAGCUGUGGUUACAGGUGCGUGCCGGCACACCUGGCUAAUUUUUUUAUUUUUUUGUAGAGACAGCGUUUUGCUUUGUUGCCCAGGCUGGUCUCAAACUCCUGGCUUCAAGCAUUCAUCCUGCCUCCCAAAGUGCUGGCAUUACAGGCCUGAGCCACUUUGCCUGGCCCCUCAUGAAACUUAAAAAAUUAAAUUAUCUCUUUAAAAAGGACCAGGCCUAGGAACAAGCACUUUAACUGUCUGGCACCUAUGUGCACACUCUGUGUGAUCUUUAUGCUUUGGAGAGAGUUGUGGCGGCCGCUGCUAUUGGUCAUGUAUUUGAUUGUACCUGAACCACAUACCAACUUCAUCUUUCCUGAACCAAGAGUUGACCUGCUGCUCACCCAAAUGGCAUGACUAUUCCUUCAGUCUGUUGAUAUCUUCUGCUGUUUCUACAGAAGAGUCUCAGCCCUGAAUCCAAAGCACACUAAUAGUUUUUAUUUAUGAAACACUGCAACAUAAAAGUCAUGAUUGCCAUUGUAUAGCAGCAAGGUUUAGUAGCUUGCCUAAUAUCUCAUAGGCGGUAAAGUGAGAACGAAAUUUAAACCAGGUCUCAAAUGUCCACAUUCAAAUGCAGCUCUUUCUGUUCUGCCUUGCUUUAUCUUAACUCACACAAUGAUGUAAUGCUAGUGUUUCUUGAUCCUUAUAGUGAUGUGAUUUCGUCCUAUUCCCUAGGAUUCGGGAGGCAGGUCUACAUGGGAUGCAGGCACACUGAGUUGAUGUGUAUAGAUUAUGUUCCAGAGCCUUGGAGGGCACAAGGAUAUGAAGUAUCGUAUUUGGCUCUUCCCAGUUUGGAAGAUAGCUCUCCAUAAGCACAUAGCUAGAUUUCAGUGGGAUGCCUGAGGAGUUUGGCAGUGUUUGUGAUAAAAGGAGGCAGCGGCUUCGCAUAUAUUGACUUCUUCAGAAGCACACAGGCCUAAGGUCUUAGGAUUUUCACCCAUCAUCCCAAAUAGAGGAGAUUUUUGUAAAUGCAAGGUGGUGGAGUGUGUUUGAUUUGGUUAGGUCUCAGGCCAGGCAAAAGCCACUACCUCCCACGAGGGCGCCUUCCUGCUGCACCCGGAAUUUGUUCCUUCAAGGAUUCCCCGCCGAGGCAGUAAACCAACAUGAUUUCCUCUCCUUCUGGCCCAGGCCCUCACAGGGACAGCUGUACUUCCAAUUGCAGUGACAUGACUCUGUCACAGUCUUCAAAUAAUUUCUAGUUUUCUUCUUCAAAGAAAAAUUUUUAGAGCUCUAUCAACACAUUGUGAAGGAAACAACCCUCUUAAAUAUCCAUGCCCUUUACAGCAAAUAUCCCAUUGACAUAUUAAACCAGAGGCGGUCUUGUGGUUUUGAAAAAGAUUUUAGAUAAAUACAGAAGGCAUGUAUCACCCCAGAUCCAUCCUUUGUAGAGUCAUUGGUUAAAAGGGAAAGGGCCAACCAGGCAGGUUAACAGUAUGAUAUAAUAUUGAAAGACUCUGCAGAUCAGUUUUGAAAUGGUAAUGUUUAAAAUGAGUUCUCAAGUCUCAGUUUCAUUGUAUGUAUGCAUUUAUGCUCAAACUUGGUAAUUACCCUUAGCUCGUGACA